CAGUGAAAUUGUGCCACCAGCAAUAAACCGAAUUUACAGUUGAAAGUGUUACUUUUUCGGUGCGAUAAUCGUUGUGAAAGCAAUUAAUAAAGUCCCAGCGAUGAGACUAAACGAGAAUCUCAAAAUCGUCGGAACUAACGUGAUCCUGGUCCCGUACGAAAGCAAACACGUGGAAAAGUACCACCAGUGGAUGCAGAGCGAAGAACUCCAAGAACUAACCGCAUCGGAGCCACUUUUGCAGGAAGAAGAAUACCAAAUGCAAAAAUCUUGGCGAGAGGAUGAUGACAAAUGCACCUUCCUGAUCCUUGAAAGGGCGCAAUUUGAGCAAAACGGUGAUGAGAUAGCAGCCUUGAUUGGCGAUACCAAUAUUUUCCUCCAGUCAGACGACCCGGAGGAGGAUGACAGCAAUCUGAAAACGGGAGAAAUCGAAAUAAUGAUCGCUGAAAAGGUCGCCCGGGGGAAACGGUAUGGCUGGGAGUCCACACUCCUGAUGCUCCAUUUCGGAAUCAAGCAGCUCCAGCUGCGUCGGUACAAGGCAAUCACAAAGGACAGCAACUGCAGGGCUAUGCAGAUGUUCGGAAAGAUGGGAUUCCGGGAAAUCAAGCGGGUUCCGGUGUUCAAAGAAGUCACCUUCGAAAAGUUGGUGGACGACGAAUGGAUCGCCUGGAUCGAAAGGGAAGUUUCUCUAAAAAUAGAACCAUACCGAUCAUAGGCAG